GGGAGCGCCGGGAGCGCCGGAAGCCGGAAGCGCGGGCGGGGCGCGAUGGCGGCGGCGGUGUCGGCCCUCAGCAGUUUGGGGGUGCCCGAGGCCGAUGUCGGGAGCUCGGAGGAAGAGGAGGAGGAGGCGGGCCCCGGCCCGGCCGCGGCGGCGGCGGCGGAGCAGAGGCGGGAGGAGCGGCUGCGCCGGUUCCGGGAGCUCCACAUGAAGCGGUACGAGGCCUGCAAGCUGAACAGCCAGGAGGUGGUGGAGGAGGACAAAAGACUGAAACUGCCACCAAACUGGGAAGCUAAAAAAGCUCGGCUGGAGUGGGAGCUGCAGGUGCAGGAGAAGAAGAAGGAAUGUGCAGCCAGGGGGGAGGACUACGAGCGGGUGAAGCUGCUGGAGAUCAGCGCCGAGGACGCCGAGAGGUGGGAGAGGAAGAAGAAGAGGAAAAAUCCCGAUCUGGGAUUCUCAGAUUACGCGGCGGCGCAGCUGCGCCAGUACCAGAGGCUGACCCGGCAGAUCAAACCCGACCUGGAGCAGUAUGAGAAGCUCAAGGAGCAGUACGGGGAAGCCCUGUACCCCACCUCGGACAGCCUCCUGCACGGGACCCACGUGCCCUCCAAGGAAGGGGUGGACAGGAUGGUGGCAGACCUGGAGAAACAGAUCGAGAAGAGGGAGAAGUACAGCCGGAGGCGGCCCUACAACGACGACGCCGACAUCGACUACAUCAACGAGAGGAACGCCAAGUUCAACCAGAAGGCCGAGAGGUUCUACGGGAAAUACACGGCCGAGAUCAAACAGAACCUGGAGAGGGGCACGGCCGUGUGAGCCCGCCCGGCCCCGCUCGCUCCCAGCACCUCUGGCCCAGUUCUUACCCAAUUUUAACUUGUAUCAUGCAGCUGUUGCUUUCUCAGAUCAGUGCUGUUCAGUGUGCUGGAGGUAAUUUGCGUAAUUCAGCUGUCAAUAGCUUUUACUGCAGCUCGUGCCGUUGAUGCUCUAAAUAAAGGCCCUUUGGACUGA